AUGAUUAUUUUCUAUUUCCCCAGAGAUCUACAAAUGAUGGACACUGGGAAUCAUUCUGCAGUAGUUGUGUUUGUCUUGGUGGGAUUAACACAGCAGCCUAAGCUCCUGCUACCCCUCUUCUUCCUGUUCCUGGUCCUCUAUGCGUUGACAGUAGUGGGGAACCUGGGCAUGAUCCUGCUCAUCAUAGUCAGCCCACUGCUGCAUACUCCCAUGUACUAUUUCCUCAGCAGUUUGUCCUUGGUUGACCUCUGCUAUUCCACUGUCAUUACACCCAAAAUGCUGGUGAACUUCCUUGGGAAGAAAAAUUUCAUUACCUAUUCGGAGUGCAUGGCCCAGUUCUUUUUCUUUGCAAUCUUUGUGGUAGCUGAGUGUUACCUCCUGACUGCUAUGGCAUAUGAUCGCUAUGUGGCCAUCUGCAGACCAUUGCUCUAUAAUGUGAUCAUGUCCUCUAGAAUCUGCUCACUGUUAGUGCUUGCUGCCUUCGCCCUAGGCCUUUUUUCUGCUGUGGUACACACAAGUGCUAUGAUGAAUCUGAGCUUCUGUAAAUCGUACAUCAUAAGCCAUUACUUCUGUGAUGCUCUUCCCCUCCUCAAACUCUCCUGUUCUAACACACAUCUCAGUGAGCUUCUCAUAUUUCUUAUCGUAGGAAUCAACACCUUUGUGCCCACCCUAGCUGUUGCCAUCUCCUAUGUCUUCAUCUUCUACAGCAUCCUGCACAUCAGGUCGUCAGAGGGCAGGUCUAAGUAUUUGGAACCUGCAGCUCAUCUCAUGGCUGUGGGAUCUUCUUUGGGUUCUAUCACCUUCAUGUACCCCAAAGUUUCUUCAAGUAACUCUCUGGAGCAAGAGAAGGUGUCUUCUGUGUUCUAUACCACAGUGAUUCCCAUGUUGAACCCAUUAAUAUAUAGUUUGAGGAACAAAGAUGUGAAGAAAGCACUGGGUAGAAUCUCAGUAGGGAGUUAA